UACGUAGCUAGUUUUCAGAUGGCUGCUCUCUCCCUCGACCCCUGCAUGUCUAGCCCUUGCCAAAACGGAGGCCUAUGUCUCUCCUUGACCUCUAACCUUUCCAAUGAAUUCCGCUGCUCCUGCCCUCCGAACACGAAGGGCCCAGUGUGCCAGAGGCAGCAGAGAGAGGUACACACCGAGCUGCAGCAGACCACUGUGUUCACUAGACGAGUUAGGCUCCAUAUAUCAGAAGGAAUGUUGCUUUGGUUCCCUGAUAAACGGUAUAAAGGUUAUUUAGGUAUUUGCAUUUUUUUUUUUUUUUUAUUCCUGUCAUUUUCGGAAGUGGCACAAAUUUGUUAUUCCUGGUAACAUGUUUGGAAUGACAAACAUGCCAAUUGUAUGUUUCAUCACCUGACAGGUCUCCAAAACCUUUGAAAUGCUGGAGGUGGGUCUUAAUCAUAAGUGAAACUAGCAGGUUCCACUUAUGAAGCUUAAUGUUGUCGCUUAUUAGUCUCCUUGUAGCCUAUAGUUAUUUAGUGCUUGCCUUGUGUUUCUCUUAGUAGAUGCUCAAUACAGGUAGGUAUUUAUUGGUAGGCCAGUGGUGUAAAUGGCAUUAGUUAUGUGUUUAGAAACCAUAGCUUUGUGUCUGCCUGUCGCAUGUCAGUUGGUUUGUCGGUCGGUUGGUUUGGGACUGACCUAAAUCAGUCUGUGUGUGCUCAUGUUGGUAGUCCAUGUUGUCCCUAAGUUAUACUGCUCGUUUAUUUGUGCUGUGGCCAUAUAAGGAGUUAGGAUGGGGGCUAAGCAUGACAGGUAAGAGGCCGUAAGAGGUUUCCUGCACUCCUCUCCGUCUCUAGGCAUGCUGGGAACCCAGGCCAGAGAAAGUCUGUGAGGGCAGACGCUCGAUUCAACACCGAUGGGCUUUUAAUCCCAUCUCGGGUCUCUGUGAAGUCUUCUUAUUCUGCUCUGGGUCCAGCCGCAACAACUUCCCCUCCCACAGCGCCUGCAGGGACCAGUGCCUCCUGGGCGCCUGCUGCAUCCGUAAACCCAAACCCAAGCACCCCUUCACUGGCCAGGUUGACUCCUGGCGAAUCAAACACAACGUAUCCAACGCCAUCCCGAGUAAGAGUGUGGAGGGGAACUGCGAUGAAGACUCCCACUUCCUGUACACCUGCAAGUACCUGUCCCGUCCUCGCUGCCGGGCCCUGGUGAAGGGCCUUCCCGGGGGGGCUGCGGUGGUGAGCUUCUCCCCCGGGGAUAAGUGUUCGGAGGUUGGCUGCGGGGACGGAUGUGCCUGCCUCUCCCGGCAGAACCAGCACCCCGGGCAGUACAGCCAGAGGCUGAGGCGAGGCUGUGUGGAGGGCGUGUGCGCCGUCGGCGGGGGAAACGGAGACUUUGUUUGUGCACACUCGACCCGGCGGAAGGAGAUCAGAGACCUGACGGUGAAAGAAGUGAAGCUUUACCAGCGCGCUGUCAGAAGACUGCAUGCUAAACCAGCGACAUGGGGGGACUUCGUCCAGCUCAGGGCCGAGUUCUCUCCCCAGGCGGGGGGUCACGCCGACUUCCUGCCCUGGCACCGCUACUUCCUGCGUCUCCUGGAGCGCGAGCUGCAGUCUCUGUCGCCGUGCCAACUGGCCGUUCCGUAUUUCGAGUGGACGGUGGACUCGGGCUCCAUGGCGUCCUCGGAGGCGUGGCAGGCCGGUCUGUUCGGGGCGGACGGGGAGCCGGGGUCCGACUGCGUCCGCCAGCACCCCUUCAGCGGCGCCUCGGGCCGCUCCCGCUGGAGCCCCUGCCUCCGCCGGCGCUUCAACACUUCGGUAUGGCUCCCAGACGCUGUGGACUUUCAGAUGGCUCUGAACCUGGACGACUUCAAACUGUUCUCCGGCACCCUGCAGACAUUCUCUGGGCUCUUCAGGUUGUGGGUGGGGGGCCACAUGGGGUCCCCUCUGGCCGCCUACGACCCCCUCUACCUCUCACAUAUGGCCUUCAUCGACAAGAUCUGGGCCCAAUGGCAGGAGAGACACCAGCGUCUCCACGGAGCCGGUCCCGGGGAGGACGACCACGGCCGUGACGCGCUCUUUCCCGCUCCCCACAGACACAUGAGGAUGAAGCCGUUUGACGUCGCCCCCGACGACGUCCUGUCCUCCCCGGCCCAGCUCUGCGUUGUGUACGUUCCGAUCACCAUCGGCGCGCCGUGCAACGUGACGCCGGCGCAGACACACACCCAUCCCGUCAACCGCACGGAGUCAGAUGACCCACGAAGGGAUAAGAAGCAAGGGUUCGGCAAACGCAACGCAAACCACGACCGCGUGGACGGCGGAGCCCUUAACGGAUUCGGUUUCGACGAGGAGGGCUACGACCACCAGGGCUACGACCGUAGCGGGUGGGACAGGGCGGGUUUCGGCCGGGACGGGUUUAACCGCGAUUUCCUUGACAAGGACGGGCACAACGUGUUCGGCUUCAACCGCUACGGACUGAACCGCGCCAACGUCAGCUGGUUCGCCGAACGUUUGGACGGCGAAUCCACGCGGAAAGAAAAAAGAGAGGGGGAUGAAGACCACCGAGGAGAAGAGACGAUCGAUUACCGGACGGAGGCGGAGACGUGGCAGGUCCUGCUGGAGCACUUCGGGGACGGCGGGUUCAGCGCGCACGGCUUCGACCCGCUGGGCUUGGACAGCGGCGGCUUCGACGCGUUCGGCUUCCGGACGGACGGCUACGACAAGGACAACUGCAACUGGUUCUUCCGCGGGCCGCACUACCUGCGCUUCUACUUCCACACGCAGCAGCAGCUGCUGGAGUCCAGCCCCGAGGCGCUGGGCCGCGUGCCCCGGGCCUGCCCCCCCGUCUCCCCGCUGCCCCCCCACUGGGCCACGCAGGACUGGAUGAGCCCGGCCGCGCAGGCCAGCGGCGCUCCCAUUGGCCGACCGAAAGAGGAAGGGGCGGGACGAAAGGAAGCUUACGGCGACGGUUCCAUCGCGGCGGCGCCUGAUAGGACGGACUUGUGGCUGCCCAUCACACCGGACGACAGGAUGUGUUUCGAGCUCCACUGGUUCAGUGGCUGUCCUCUUGGCUCGGGGCCAAUCACCUGCCCUGACCUCUGCGGGCAUGCCCGUUGCCAUGGCUACCCCGGGGCAAUUUGCCACAUGCACAACUGCGGCUCGUGUUUCACCGAGUGGCUGGACCCCGCGACGGGAAACCAUGUCGAAUGCGACGGCUGGUAACCACUAGAGUUGACCCCAGGAUGCUCUCCGUGUGAACAGCGAGAGAACCCCGGAGAUCCCCCCAGCCAGCUGGCUCUGUUCGCCCCAGAAGGCACAGCUUAGAAGAACAGAAACCUCUCCCCGAACACAACACUCUUCACCGUCGCUGUCGUCAUUACAGCUGCAAUGCUCCACUUUCUUUUUUUAAGUGAAUGCAAUUCAUGGGUUGCACUAGAUCAUCAGGGGUUUGUUUGAAUUUAGUCUCAAGAUGAAGAUUGUAGAAGAUUUCCAGUGGUGCAAUGAUCUGUGUUUGCUGAAGCGACUCAUCAUUUGUGUUUUUAUGUUCAAACCAGAAGUGGUCAGAGUUUACACAGGAAGUUAGGAGAACGACAAGCCAUUUGAGUUAAAAGGGCAACACCGGUCUGAAGGAUCAAAUCCAUCUGAACCGCAGGGCAUCUCUUACCGACGCCAUUCAUCGACAUUUCUUUGUUGUAGCAAUUCUGCUGAAGAGCAUUUAGUGCAAGCACGCUUCCCCCGUCAAUGUCAACAAUACUACCCUAAUUGAGCAAUUUUGUCUUUUGGAAUCAAGGUGUUUUGUGUCAGUUCAGAGUUUGUGGGGAAAUAAGGUUGUAAAAGUGCCUGACAAAAUGUCUUACCUCAAAGAUCAAAGUGCUACUGUCACAUUUGCCACACAUUUACUGCAUUUGUGGCAGGCAUGCUCUUGCUACAUCCUCGUAGGCAGAAUCAGCGCAUCGAAUGCAUUUUGACACAUUAUAAUGGGAGCAGAUAUUUUUGAGAGGCCACGAGAUGUAGUCAGAUGAUUUAUUCCCCCAGAUUUAGUCUUCAAAGUUAUGCAUGCUUUUCCAUUCAUAUUUGUGAUGAACCAAGAUAUUGAAUUGCCAUUUUGUUUUGAUUCAUGUCAAUCGGGUUAGACAGAGGGAGGUCUAUUAUGAGACACUCUCUCAGCCUACCCUCUGUGGAAAUGACCUCAUUAGGCAUGAAGAAAGUGCAGGGGAUUCAAAUAUUUAGAGUUGAAGGCAUAAAAAAUACUCUAAAUGUCAAGGAAACCGUUUUAAGGCUCUUGUCCCCCCAGUAGUAUGUUUAGCUCUUCUUCAGGUUUCUUCCCAAGUUUUCAUGUAUAUUGUAAAUGAUAACGACGCGCUGAUUGGACGCACACACACUGAGUCACUGUCGGGAGGGAAUAGUUUAUAAAGCCAGUGUCUAGUCGCUCUGUCCUCUCCCGCGGUCCCCCUUUCACCCAUCUCCCGACUCUCUCUAAUUGUUUGUGCAUGUGUUUGCCCCGAGCCCCCAUGGGAAGACCUCCACUGGAUAGACACCCAUGGACGCACACGACCGCCACGACACUUUGAUCUUAUGCAUGCUUGCUCAGAGGAAAUGCCUGUUGGCUGCUGACACAGUAGGCAGCCUCGCUAACCCCGCUCUCUAUUAUUAUGUCCCCCCACCCUCUCUCUCUCUCUCUCUCUCUCUCUCUCUCUCUCUCUCUCUCUCUCUCUCUCUCUCUCUCUCUC